ACAGGUGUGGGAGGACAGGUGUGGACACACAGGUGUGGACACGCGCGUAUGUGUAAACAUGCAGAAAGGUUUGAAAAAGUACUUCGUCAACAUGGACGACUAUCUGUCCAGUCUGGGCCUGUACCGGAAGAUGGUGGCGCGAGACGCGUCCAGUCUGUUCCGAGCUGUCUCCGAGCAGUUGUACUAUUCUCAGAACUACCACCGGAGGAUUCGUCAGGAUUGUGCAGACUUCAUGAGCGUAAACAGAUCAAACUUUGAGCCGUUUGUUGAAGGUUCCUUUGAAAAGUAUUUGGAGCGUCUGGAGGACCCCAAGGAAACAGUGGGUCAGGUGGAGAUCAAGGCUCUGUCUCAGCUCUAUAGGCGGUGCUUCCACAUCUACCGUUACCCGGGGAAACCGGCCACUGUGAUCUCUGAGGACAAUUUUGUGGACAAGGUGAUGCUGUGUUGCUCUAUCAACGGUCACUAUGACAUUGUUUAUCUCAAGAGUUACCCCGCGUCUGCUGCCCUCUGCCAGGCUCUCCUGUAUGAGCUGCUCUACACUCAGGUGUUCGGCGUAGAGGAGGCGGAGCUCUGUCAAACCAUGGAGGCCUCCAGGAUCGGAGGUCGUUGCUAUAGAAACAGUCCAUCAUUAAGUAGUGACAUUGACCUCGGCUAUGACACACCUGAGGACCGAGGACAGAGGGAGGAGGUGGAGUCAGUUGGUGCUGUGGACGACAAACACAGAUCUAUGAUGGACGACACAAAGCCUCCUGCAGAAGCUCCGCCUCCUUCCAGACUGUCUCUGCCAUACAAAGUAAUCAAGUCUCUGGACAGAGACAUUUACAGGAACCUGGAGUUUGACGUGUGGCAGGACACGUGUAAAGAGAUGCAGAAGACAGAUUACAUGGUGUUUGCCGGGAGACAGUACUUCCUGGGAGAUAAGUGUCAGGUGCGUCUGGAGCCAAAGGGAAAGUACUACAACGCCUUCAUCCAGGAAGUAGGAACACACUCAUCAGCUGUUACUGUGUUCAUCGAGGAACUGGGAGAGAAACACCUGGUUCCUCUGACUGAUCUAAAACCAGUCAAUCCAGUUCCUGCCUGGAACGUUUCAGCUCCAUCCAGAAAAGGAGAUCUAGAUUCAGACUCCCGUGGUCAGCGUCAUCAUCGCCAUCGUUACUUCAGGAAGUCUCGGGGUAACAGUGGGCUGAAGGGGGCAGAGCUUCUGAUGCCUCCACCCUCUUCUUUUGGAGGCCCCGCCCCCUCCAGCCUGCCCCCUCGUUUUCAGCCAGCAGGUCAUCCCCGCCCCCCUCCUCCUCCAUCACCUGGAACCAUGACCUAUGACCCUUACGCCCCCCCUCACCACCAUGUCCCCGCCCCCAGAGCUCCUCGCUACGGAACGACCAGAAGUUCCACACGUUUCCUGAACCGUCACCUGAUUGGUCCUCAGCUGACCUACUACCAUCCUGGAAGACGCUAUUACCAUGACUACGAUAACUACGCCUUCAGGUCCCGGCGGAGCCGCCGUCAGCUCGUCGCCGCGCUCAACAAAGAGUGUCAGUUUGGUUUCCCUGCAGAGACGGGGGAGGAGCCAGCAGAUCUAGAUGCUGCCAUUGCUUAUUACCAGCUGGACGACGCCAGCGACGGCGUUUUCCCACCGCUGCCGGGCUCGGCUAUUCCUCCACCCCCAAACAUAGGAGCCCCUCCUCCAGGCUCCUCCUAUCGAGUUCAGAGAAGCACUGGGCCCCUCCCCUCCACUGCUCUGCCUGGAAAUUCCCCUGUGUGUUCGUCAGAGGAAGAGCAAGAGGAAACGAGCACCGUGGAGGAGCAUGCUGAUUUCUCUGAGGACUUCAUCUUCAGUUCUCAGACUGACAGCUUCCAGACUUCAGGUGUUUACACUGCUGACCCCAACAACCAGAAUGAACAGGAAGAAGAAACGAGUGAAUCUCCACAGAGACAAGACAUGAGCUACAACUACACACAACAGGUUGUGAAACCAUUAGCCAUCAUAGAUUCUUCACCUUCAUCUUCAUCAUCUUCACCAUCAUCUCCAUCGUCCCAUGUUCCUGCAGCUGUUCACCUGUCAACAACUGCACACACACAGACACACUCUGCAGUUGCCAUGGCGAUUCCUGCUGCCUCUCCCUGGUUGGCUAAUGAGCUGGGUGAGCCUCUCUGCACUGUGGUGACUCCACCUCCUUACUCCUACGACCCUAAUGGCAGUGACUUACCAAGAGACUGCAGAGUUCUACAGUAUUACUUCAAUUUAGGAGUCCAGUGGUACCAUCAGAGCUGUUGGCAGCAGCAGCAGCAGGCAUUUCCACCCUCGCCUGACUCCUCUUACUCCUACCAUCACUACUCCCCCUACCUGAGCCAGGACACACUGCACGGGCCUCCCUCAUUGUAUCAUGAGACCGGUCGCAGCUCCCAACAGCCCUCCUCCUCUUACCCAGAAUCCUCUAGGGCUGGAGAGGGACAGACAGACGGACACUGCAGCGGCUCUGCCCCAUCCAUAGAUAGCACCGCCCCUUCUGCUCCUCCCAGCUCCACCCCCUCUGCAUCUCUUCUGUACCCGGAGCAGACGACCCUCCCUCCUCCCCCGAUGCUGCACCUGCCUUACGAAGCUCCAUCCAUAACCACGUACCUGCCCUCUGCUCCACACCCUGCCCACCUCCCCCACCACUCCUACCACUGCCUCCCCCCCUCCACCCACUGGGGGACCCAGACUGGAGGCCACACCCCACGUGUUUACUGCCCCGCCCCCAACCCUGCUCACAUGGUCACUUACAUCACAGCCCCGCCCCCACACCACUCAGCCACUCAUUACAUCCCCCCCACGAUCUAAGACACACCCCCUUAAAAACUCAGCUCACAGUUAGCAUGUAGCUAAUGCUAGCAGAAGUUUAAAGUGUUAGCCAUUAUUUAAUCACUUCCUGUUUAAAGUGUUUGAAUGUUUAAGUUAAUUCAGCCAACCAGACAGAGGGGGCGGGACUUGUCCCUGUUUAUGUUAAUGAAGGACAUAUUUAUGUUGACGUUUAAUGUUCAGGUGUUUGUUUGUGGGAAAAUAAAGUUUGUGUUUCACCUGCA